GCUGUGACUAUGAUGGCCGCUACUCGCAGGAGAUGGGCCGUGAAUAGGUCGGUUAAUACUGACCGAUGCACCGGGCCAAGGAGACAAAACGGUCUGACUGUCCAAUUCGCAUUCCUCUCUGCUCCAAUCAGGACUCUAUAAUUACCCGGACCCCCUCCCUCUCGGUAUUUUGCAUCCGACGCCACGUGAUCAUAUCCAGGCUGGAGACCAGCUGCUGGUGUUCGCAUCUCAGACGAGGAGCGUCUGAAAGCACCGCUCACAACUACAGACGGAGCGCUUGGCAUAGGACACCGUGGGAUUCUUGGAUAUUACAACAGCAUCAAACGUGUGGGAUAUACACAUUGGUUCAGUUUAGCUUACUUCCCUUCACCCCUUUUCUUUUUCAUCUUUCUUUUCUCUCCUCAUCGUUGAGCAUCCUUACUGCCCGUCCUUCGCUGAUUUACCUGGCUAACUUUCCACCAGACCCGACAUCAUCCCCCACCCUCCAUUUCUCCUCAACCUUCCUCAAACCCCUUUUAAAUUGCAGCAGCAUAUUUCCGUUCGGGCGGAAACCGUUUGAUAAUCUACGGCACUUCAUGGGGCACGUUUUCUUGCUCGGAAAAUGUCCCUUUUCUGGUCACUAAGCGCUUCGGUGAAAUUGCCAACACAAGGACCGGAGUUGUUGGUGCGUGUGUACGUAUUCUGCUCACCUCGUGUGUACUGUCGGGGGUCGCCUCUGAACUGAGAUGGGUCUCUUGGUGGCGGUGGAGGUACCAACGGAGCCACGACGUCCGUACCAGUGGAGUCGGACAGUGGGAGGUUGGGUCUGGAUCGCAGUCGUUGCGUUUCUCGCCACUUUACCUGUGGAGCAACUGCGCGCUUUCCCGUCUUCCCUGAGCGACUGUCAGACGCCCACCGGAUGGAACUGCUCGGGUGCUGACGAUGGUGAGACAGACCUGUUCUUGUGUGACAUCAACACCUGCAAGUACGAUGGGGAGUGCAUGAGAAUUGGAGACUCAAUCACGUGCAUCUGCAACUUCAAGUGCAACAAUGAGUACGUCCCUGUGUGCGGUUCCAACAACCAGAACUACCAGAACGAGUGCUUCCUCCGCAGGGACGCCUGCAAGCAGCAGGCUGAAGUCCUGCUGCAGUCUGAGGGCAGCUGUCCUGUCGAUGCUGGCUCCGGAUCAGGAGACGACGGAGCAGAGGGCUCGGCGGAGGCAGGACAGAAGGAAACCUCCACCUGUGACAUUUGCCAGUUUGGGGCUGAGUGUGACGUGGAUGCAGAGGAUGUCUGGUGUGUGUGUAACAUCGACUGCUCCCACAUCAGCUUCAACCCGGUGUGUGCUUCUGACGGCCGCUCCUAUGACAACCCAUGCCAGGUGAAGGAGGCGUCGUGUCAGAAGCAGGAGAGGAUUGAGGUCCGGCACCUGGGACACUGCCAAGGUGACAUCAUGACUGGGACCAAAGCUGGAGAUGGACACUAUGCCAGGACCGAUUAUACAGAGACCAAGCCAGACAUCAGAGAUGAGCUGGUCAGAGGCUUGUACAUCCCCUGUCCAGAGCUCUAUAAGAACUACUGUGUCCACGGAGAGUGUGAAUACCCCAGCAUGUCACAGCCCUCCUGCAGCUGUCACUCAGGGUUCAGUGGGCCUCAGUGUGACACUAAGGACUACAACGUGUUGUACGUGGUUCCUGGUUCAGGGAAACUGCGAUACGUCCUCAUCGCCUCCAUCAUCGGAGCUCUGCAGGUGGCCAUCAUCUGUGUGGUGGUGCUCUGCAUCACCCGGAAGUGCCCAAGGAGCAACAGGAUAAACCGUCAGAAGCAGAACGCCACACACUACAGUUCAGAGAACACCAUGCGAGCAUCCACACGUCUCAUCUGAGGUCAGGAGGGAGGGGCACCCGACGCCCUCUCACCCCGCCCCCUGCCCCGCCCCCUGCCCCGCCCUGCCCCCUGCCCUGCCUUGUAGUCUCCCGUAGCCCCAGAACUCAGCCUCAACUCUCCCCUCCUGGGAACACAAGCCCAACCUGAACCUCCUGGGAACACAAGCCCAACUCUCCCCUCUUAGGAACACAAGCCCAACUCUCCCCACUUAGGAACACAAGCCCAACUCUCCCCUCUUAGGAACACAAGCCCAACUCUCCCCUCUUAGGAACACAAGCCCAACUCUCCCCUCUUAGGAACACAAGCCCAACUCUCCCCUCUUAGGAACACAAGCCCAACUCUCCCCUCUUAGGAACACAAGCCCAACUCUCCCCACUUAGGAACACAAGCCCAACUCUCCCCACUUAGGAACACAAGCCCAACUCUCCCCUCUUAGGAACACAAGCCCAACUCUCCCCUCUUAGGAACACAAGCCCAACUCUCCCCUCUUAGGAACACAAGCCCAACCUGAACCUGAACUCUGGGUGGGGGAGGGGGGGGGGUGCCUCCCCUCCCCUCCCCAGAUGCCGCCUCCACCCCAGGACUGGUGGAGGGUGUGGUCGCACAAGGAUGACUUGCUCAUCACCACCCUCCCUAUCUACCCCGCCUCCAACCCUCACACCCUCCCCCCAGGAGAGGGUGAGGUAAAGGAAGGGGGUGAGGGUUAACUGGUGCUCUGGAGGUACGGAGUGGGGUUGUGUGAAGGAGGGGGUGGAGGGAGAUAUAGAUGGGCGUAGCUGUCUGGUUGUUAGUGUGAGUGUUUGGGGGGGUGGGGGGAAUAGUGUUGUUUAUUUGUAGAGGGACAGCAGAGUGGGGUUAGUGGGAGGGGGGGUGUACACAUGAUGCCUUGCACCUGUGGUAGAGAACACAAGGACAUGCUCUCACAACUGUAUCUUAUGACCAUGUAUUACCGGGGUCCAUUUCCAGUAGUUACUAUUACAUUGUCUUGAUGGGGUCUUUUUCUGUAAAUGUAAAUAAAUAAUUUAU